AGAGUGGGGCAGGUGGGGCAUAGGGCAGUGCGGGAAGGAGGUGGCUGUCUGGGGCAAAGGGACGCCACCCAGUGGGGUUGCUGUGGAGAUGGGGGAACACAUCUGCCAGGCCCCCCAGCACGGUACCAAGUCAAAGCACAGCUGUGCCCCCCACCCUUCCCCAGCCAUGUCUCAGAGCCACCCCAGAGCCCUGUUGCUUUUCAUAGCCUGGUUAUUUUUUUUUCCUGGCUAUUGUAAUAAAUUCCUAGAAGCUGGAAACAUUAUAAGGAAAAUAAGUUCUCUCCUGGCCCCCGGCCUGGCUGGAGUCUGCACGGCAGACCUUGGGCGGCUUUAUGUGCAGCAGUUCCCAGCUGCCCCGCCCCAGAGGUGGCUGCAUCUCAACGCUGGGAGACCCACCUGUCCUUUUGCUGUGUUAUGUGCAGCUGGUCGCCAGCUGCCCCACCCCAGAGGUGGCUGCAUCUCAGCGCCAGGCCAACCGUCUCUGUGCAGGGAGUGGGCGCUGCUGCAGAGAACCUGCAUCUGUAGUCUGUUUCGUGUCUGUGGCUGACCUGCCUGGAGGGGAGUGAGAGGUGGAAGGAAGUGGCGCAGGAAACCACAGGGACGGAAGCGCCUCUUGGCUUCGGGGACUUGGUGUCGAGCCACCCGCGCCCUGGGGGGCCGAGGGGAGCAGGCGGCAGGUGCAGGGGGGCCCAGGGAUGCGCUGAGCGACCAUGGAUGAGGAGGGGCUGGUGGAGCAGGAAUCAUGGUCCCCGGUGCAUCGGGAGCGAUCCCAGACCUCAGGGUCCCUGUCCGAGGGCUCGGGGAAGAAACGGAAGCAGCAGGGGGUGCCUGGCAUGGGGCAGCAGGGGCCUGAGCCCCAGACCUCUGAUGACAAGGAGCCCUGCACCAAGCGGGUGAAACCUGUCGGCAAGACCCUGUCGGCCCCGGGGCCCCCCUCGGCCAAGGUGACACCCCUGAAACGCCUGAGCCAGUCGAUCCAGAGGUCCAUCAGCUUCAAGACGGAGCCCCGCCCCCCAGGCUACAUCCCGCCUCCCCGGGCUGGGGGCUGCCGGCGCCGCAGCAGCAAACUCUGGAGCGAGACCUUCGAUCGGGUCAGUGAGGAGCUCUCGGCCCGUGAGGUGAAACGCCAGGAGGUGAUCUUCGAGCUGAUGCAGGGGGAGCAGCAACUGGUGGCAGAUUUGAACCUGGUGAAGAAGAACUACUACGAGCCGAUGCUGACGCUGGCCAUCCUGCCCGAGGCCGAGCUGCGCGAGAUCUUCGGGACCCUGGAUUCCCUGGCGCCGCUGCACGAAGACUUGCUGGGGCGGCUGCUGGGUCUGAGGCAGGAGGACGGGACGGUGCCUGAGCUGGGACCCACCCUGCUGGACUGGCUGCCCGGGCUGCGGGCCUACGAAUCCUACUGCUGCCACCAGGUGUGGGCCAAGGCGCGGCUGGACCGCCGCAAGCAGGAGCCGGCGGUGGGGGAAUUCCUGCGCCUGUGCCAGGAGUCGGCCUUCAGCCGCAAGCUGGAGCUUUGGAGCUUCCUGGACCUGCCCCGCAGCCGCCUGGUCAAGUACCCCCUGCUGCUGCGGGAGGUGCUGCGCCAGACGCCCCCCGAGCACCCCGACCAGGCGCCCCUGCAGCGGGCGGUGGCGCUGGCCCAGGACCUGGUGGGGCUGAUCAACAGGAAGACGGGGGAGGCCGAGUGCCGCUUCUACCAGCAACGGCUGAGCUACCCCGAGGGGGCGCCCCGGCACCCCGGCAUCGACCGCUCCAGCCUGCUGCUCUGCCACGGGGACCUCCGCAACAGCAAGGGGCAGAGGCUGCAUGUGUUCCUGUUCCAGGAGGCGCUGGUGCUGACCCGGCCCGUCCUGCAGGGGGAGCAGGUCGUCUUCCAGCUCCAGGGGCCCCCCCUGCCCGUCGGCCAGCUGGAGGUGCAGGACCUGCCUGACGGGGGGGCCCGGCUUGGGGGGGCCCUGCGUGAGCGCGGCAGGAGCUGCCUGCGGGUCAGCGCCGGGGCCCGGGCCCACACGCUGCAGGCGGCCGACGCCUUCGACAAGCAGCAGUGGUUGAGCCGCCUGCGCCAGGCCCUGGCUGCCCGCCCGCCCCCGGAGCUCGACGGCAGCCUGGGGCCCCUGGCCGCCCUGCGCCUGGACUGCGACCCCCCCAUGGACCACACCUGAGCCGGGCUCCCCCCGGCUCCAGGUCACCGGCCCGCGGAGCUGAGCCGUCCGGACGCCCGGGUCCCUCCGUCCCGCCGAGCCGGAUUCGUCUUUCUCCAUCUCUCCCCGGACUCCUGGGUCCGCCCCCCGCUCCCGUAUUUAUUGCGGCCCAGGGCCUUAACCCCGCGUGGGCUGCUCCCGGGCCGUCUCCCCUCCCGCGGCUGGAAGACGAAGGUGCCCCUUGGCCGCCCUGGAGUGGGAGUGGGGGGGCCAGGGGCUGCCCCUCUGCGGGGGGCCCUUGCGUGUCCCCCUGCCCUGUGCCCCCACUGGCCUUUCUGUGACCAGCUGCCAAUAAACCUGUGAUGGUCGCG